AUGCACAACCUGUACUACGAUGUCAAGAUUCACAGCCGCGCAUGCUACAACAUGCUGUUCAAGCAGUGUCGCGCGUCACCACGCGUCAAACAGUGGCUCGCGAGCACAUACAAGCUGCUGGUACAUGAGGGUAACUAUGCCCCUCGCUUCCUUCAAGCACUACCGUCCGCGCUCGCUGGUCUGAUGCCGCGUGUACGCAUCCUUCACAUCCGCAAUGCAAGACUUCGUUUCAUCCGCACCGAUUUUUUCCUUGCCCUGUCGAGGUUCAAGUCUGUCAAGUCGUUGACGCUCUUCGCGUGCCGACUGAACAACAUGACGCAGCUGCGGCGGAUUGUGUCUGCCUUCCCCCAACUUACAGACCUUACGAUGCAAGAUGUUGAGUUCGCUCAGCGAGGCGCUCCCAGUUACGCAGGAGCCUCACUAUUUCGGGCACCAUCUCACAUGCGUCUUCGAUACCUUUACGUCGCCGUGGAUGAUGAAUGCAUGGCGAUGUUCCUUGACUGGAUGACACACUCCGGCCUCUGCAACUCACUUGCGGAUGUGACAGUGUGGUUCGAUAAUUCCCGGGCCUCCAUGGCACUUACACCACUUAACCAACUCCUCGAAACGGCGGGGGCAUCGUUGACCCGUUUCUGCGAGAGGCUCUAUAGUAACGUGAAUCACGGAAAUCUGUUGCAAAACACCGCCUUGCAAUCCUUGAACAUCGAACUUGAACUGGGUAGCCUCAGACUCACGGCCCAAUUGCAGGUGCCUCGCGCGGCAUGGACCAAAGCAACGGACGAGUUACACGGCACAUUCUCCACCAUCCGAAGCAGUCAGCUCGAGCACAUCGAGCUCGAAGUUAAUGUUGAGGUGGACUACUACCACAGCCUUCUGAAGUCUGAGGAGCCAAGUGUUGUCCUUGAGAAGCUCGACCUGCACGAGGUCAUGAGCCAGCCAUACUUCGACACAUUGCAGGAUGUCAAGGUGAAGAUGAGGCUGGUGCCUUCGUUUCUUCAGACCAAGUCGGAUGAGGACAGCAUCGCUCAGAAGCUCCAGGCCAUGUUCCAUAGCAUAUUGCAGCCAUGGUCUGAUCGUGGCAUAGUCACCGUCACCUGGCAGCGCCUCCCAUAG